AUGAUAGUGUUUAUUUGGAUAGCAUUGUCAUUCACGCUCAUGGGCUACAUCUUCUGCGUGAUUUUGUGCAAGUGUACGGUGAUUGAAAGAACUCAGCCUACCGUAAAAAUGCUUAUCUUCAGCCAAGAGUAUUUAAGGCCGAAAAAGAAUGUGCAUGAGCCAACAGAUGCUUACUUCGACCAUACAAAGGUUACAAUUGGAAGUAGAUCUAACGAAGCUCUGCAAUCGAUAUUUGACUUACUACUUAAAGAGUACAUCGAAUUUUGGUACAGGCCGUUCACUUCAAACCCAGAUUUUAUGGUGCAGUUGAAGAUGUUUUUACAAUAUUCUUGUGCAGUAAUUGUCCAAAGAGUCAAAAAUAUUGAUCUUUCGGAGUUUAUUAUUAACCGGUUCAUACCACAUUUCUUCGACCAUAUUGUACAUAUUUUAUCACUUACUUCUGAUAAGUUAAAUAAUACCGGUGUUAGUGACAUACACGAUGAAACCCAAACCAUGUUAAAGGAGAAUCAUUUCCGUAAAAGUUCUUUGAAAUCUUGUUCUGAAGAAGCUAUUUUGUGUGCUUUUGGAGAUCGAUUGCAUGCAGCUCUGUAUUCAAGACAAGCCGAAGUAAUGUAUUUACGUGCAGUGGUCAACCGGUUAUUACCAGUUCUCGGCAUGCCGCCCAGUCUUUCAUCAUCAGAAAUGCAUAAAUCAAAAGAGCCUUCUGUUGAUCACGGUCAUCGCCUUCGACGUAAUCGACUUAUUCACAACUCUCCUGGACAUGGUAGUUCAGAGCGUGGUCGUAAAUCACCUGUUGUUUCACGUAGUGCUUCAACUGGUGCGUUAUUUUUUCAGAAGUUUAUGGAACUGGGUUGUAAUCCGUCGUUGUCUAGUUUUUUAAUAGAAAUACUAUCUACUUGUGUUUUGUUACCUGCUAUGGACAUUCUAGCUAAUUCUGAUUUUGUCAAUCAUUUGAUUCUGCUAUCUUUUCCUGAGUGUACACCUAUUGAAUCAUUAAUAAAACAUGAUUGUGAACAUGUCCCACUACUGGAAGCAUAUAUUGACGAUUGGGAGAAAUGGUUAUCUAAUAAGCAAUCAACUGUGAUACCUAUUGAGAAGUUAUUAAAUCAACAAGAUGAAUUCUAUCCAUUUAUGCAAUACAUGAAAUCAGUUAAAUCUAUUGAACCUUUAACAGUUUUAUUAUUAAUGUAUCAAAUUAAUUCACGUGUCUCAAAAUCUAUACUCACAUCAGAUGCAUGUCAUGAAAUCAGUGCACAAUUACAACAUAUUUUAAAUAUAUUAAAUGGUCAAAUGUUUAAUGAUAAUAACGAUAAUGAUACUAUGGAUCAUGUUGACAUGGAUCAUCAUGAUCAUCGCCGUCGUCAUCAUCAUCAUCAUCAAUCUAUUUAUCAAAUGUCGAAAAUGUUUACACAGAAUCAAUCUACCGAACCCAUAACAAAUAGUAAACAUUUACAAAUUUUUAAUAUCUCUAAUGAAUUUGAAGAAUUAUUAAAAGUUAGUCUUAAAUAUUGUUCUCCGGAAACAGUUCAUCAACUUGUUAAUACAUCACAAUGGAAAGAAACCUAUCAGUCAGUUUGUAAGACAGUUGAACUACGAUUUAUACCUAUGUAUUUGGAAAGCCCGGAAUAUAUAAAACAUUCAUUUGGUUUUUCACAUAUUUCAACUUCUUCAGUAUCAUCAUUAAAUAAGAUUGGAGUCAGGUCUCCAAAACGUGAUAUUCGACGUUUAUCACAAAAUGUAGGAACAAAUCAACAACAAACUGGUCUGUUCGGAAACGCUCUAAUGAAUGUAUUCAACAGUCAAUCUAACGAUGGACAACUUUUCGGAAAUUUGGACUCAUCCAAACUCUCUGUUUCAUCAAUCCGUCGUAAUCAAAAAGAUCGGUUUACUAAUAUUCUCAAUGAACAAACUAAUCGAUCUAAUCGGUAUUAUACUAACACUAGUACUACUACUACUACUACUGCCAUCAACGAAGAGUUGGUUACAAAUCAACAUGUAAUCGGUAUAAAACACUUGCCAGAAACAACACCACAAUUAGAUUUAUCUCAAUGUAAUGUAUAUAUACGUGGUUUAUCACGUCCUGAAGUUGUAUCUCAAUCGAAUACUCGUCAUCCGCUGGGUAUAAUCACUACAUCCACCAAUAACCCGCCUAUGUUAUCAUCAUCAACAACACUUGGAAUGACUAAUUUACAUUCUAAUCAAACUCAUCAUUUACCAGCAUCAAUGAAUAUGAAUAUUUUAUCUAAUACUAUUAAUACUACUACUACUACUACUACUAUGACAACUCCAAUUUCAUCAUCUACAACAGCUGUACGUGAUAUAAGUUAUCGUAAUAAAAUAACAAAUGAAUUAAAUAAUUUAAUUAAUCCAUCUGUUUAUAAUAAUUCAGUAGUAUCAUCAUCAUCAUCAUUACCACAACUUUCAACACAAUUUAUGUUUAAUGUUAUUACUGAAAUGAUUGUUAAUGGUGUACGUAGACAAGUGGCUAAAGUAACAAGAAAAUAUUCUGAAUUUUAUGUACUAGAACAAAAAUUAAUUGAAUUUCAUGGUUCAUUAAUAAUAAAACAAUUGCCAAAACGUCAAUUAAUACCACGUACAAUGGAAUUUCUUGAAAGUAAAUGUGAUGCUUUUCAAAGUUAUUUACAGUAUUUAAUUGCUCAACCGUUUCUUCGGAAUAGCAAGCUCUUGUACAGUUUUCUUAUGUCAAAUGAACCAUUCAAUACAAAUAUAUUUGAAUUGAAUUUAGGACGUUUAGUAAAAUCGGUUCCGUUAAAAUUAACUAAAGAAAAGGGUCAAUUCUUAGACAACUUUUUAUCAACUUACUUUUUAUCAUGUCAUCCACAACCAAUGGAAUGUGAUAACACUACUACUAGUAUUAAUGAUUUUGAAAUGAUUAGAUCAAAAUCUUUAUCAAUUUAUUCUACAACUGAAACUGAUGCUUAUUCUGCUUCUUAUAAUUCAUUAUUAAAUACUACUACUAAUAAUAAUCAUAUAAGUAGUACUAAGAAUGUUAUUGGCGAUACUACUUUUCAUUCUUCAUCAACCAAUAUAUUACAAGAUAGAAAUCUUAUAUAUAAAUCAAUUUCUAAUAAUUUUCAAAUGGAUACAUAUCCAAUAGAUAAACAUAUUGAUUAUUAUAGUCGUUAUGUGUUAAAUUCACCGCAACAUAAACAUCAAAGUCGUACAAGUUUAGAUCAUCGUCUACGUUCACGUAUUUAUUGGAAUAAUGCAGGAUUAACAUAUGAAAAACAAAAAGAUACAAUAAAUCAGUCAUCUCAAUUAUCAACAGUUCAUUUAACAAGUUUAUCUGAAAUGAUUUUAUAUUUCUUGGAAAAAUCUAUUACAUCAUUGUCAACAUCAUCUCCUUUAAAUGAAAAGAAAUCCUCCUUAAAUUCAACUUAUUCUCAAUUAUCAUCCAAUGUUGAAAUGUUAUCAUCAGCAGCAGCAGCCACAGAAUCAUCAUCAUCAUCAUCUGUUCAAAUGAUGAAUUCAUUACAAGAAAUUAAUACAGAUAAUAUGACAUCAUCCAUUGAUCCUUGGGAUAUUACUAAUCCAUGUUGGAAUGAAGCAUUUUUAAAUGGUCCAUCCUUAUCAAAUGUAAUCACAGCAACAACAACAACUGCCACUACCAGUACUACUACUACUACUACUGAUAAUAAUAAUAGUACUCAUUUAGGAAGUCAUCAGUUAUCAUCAUCAUCAUCAUCGUCAUCAUCUGAAACUGCAUUAGAUCAUAUCAAAUCAACAUUCAUUACUCAUUCAAAUCAAUCCUCCUCAUCAUCUACUACUAAUACUACUACUAACAAUCAUCCUUAUUCAGUAGUAUCUAUUAAUUUAAAUGAUUUUUUUCAUGCAUUCAAUGAAUUAUUAUUAUUAAUUAAAAAACAAUGUAAAAUAUAUUUUUAUAAUUUUUUAUAUAAAAUUAUUAUUUAUUUAUUUAUUUAUUUUAAUCAAUCAAUUAAUUAUUGGUUAACUAAUUAUAUGAUCCAUAUGAUAUAUCAAUUAUUCUCCGAUGAUAUGUUAUCAUAUAUAUUGAAUAAUAUUAAAACAAAUAUAUUCUUUCAUUCUUCUAAAAAAAUUGAUAUGGAUAAGUCAGAACGUAAAGAAAAAGCACGUGUUGCAAUUGAAAAAGCGAUUCAAAAUCUAACUGGUCUUUCAUAUUUGACUGAUAUAGAAAUGGUACAUGAUCAUGUAGAUCGAAUCUUUAAUUGUUUACAAUAUUCAAAAUUAAAUAAACAAUUAACUUAUAUUUUAUUAGAUCAAUUGCUUUUAGAAUUAUUUCCGGAACUUCAUUUAAAUAAUAAUGAUAAUGAGGAGGAUACUAUUCAUACUACUACUAAUACUACUACUGAUAAAAAUAAUAGUAGUAUAGAUGGUUAG